AGUAAAUCAAGAUUAUUUUGCUCUUGCUGGUAGGAAACCAUCUGUUAUCUUUGUCUGGAAUUGGAGAAAAGGCAUAAAGUUAUUGAGUAGGAUGGGUUAUUACAUGUAUUUAAUAUGUAUGAUCCGUUAGGAGAUGCAACUAUUACACACUAUUUAAACGCUUGUAGUAUACCAUGUAUUGAAUAUAAUAAUGAAUUAAGUUUAGUUCUUGCACCGCAUGCUUCAAGAAGAAUUUAUCAUUAUCGUUGGAAUGAGUAUAAAUCAAAUGAUGAGGAUCAGGAGCAUCUUUUAUCAUUGUCAACUAAUAACACCCAUCAUCACUUACAUUCUACCGCACAGCUACCAUCAGCCAUGUCUCAUAGACAAAGAUUAUCCAAGACAUUGAGUAGUUUCUUGGGUCUAAAAAUACCUUCUUCAACUCAUCAUCUAUUUGCACACCAUUCAUUUAAUCCUUCUAGUCAACAGCCACGUUCAUCUACCUCAACUGGAACGCAUUUAUCAAAAAAUACUUCAAAAGAUUUUAUUAGACAGUGUUCUAUUCGUAGACGUCGUCAUUCAUCCUAUAAUGAUUAUGGUUAUGCAUGUCAACUGAAAACAGAUCAAUACAUUAAGCAAUAUUAUGAUAAUAUGGCUAAUCAAAACCUUCUGCUCCCCCCUUUACCUAACCUUAGUGAACGUCCAAGAUUAAUUCAUUCAAUUCGUACAACUCCACUUGAGAGUACGGCUAAAGAAAUUGUAAAUAUUGCAAUUCAUGGAGAUCGUGUGGCUACUGUUAACCGACGAGGGGAUAUAGCCUUAUAUGCUUUAAAUGGUACGACAGCAGCCAGAGUUACGGCACAUUUAGGUUUGAGUGAACAACAGGAAUGGAUGGAAGAUGAGAACGAUAUCAACAGUAAUAGAGAAGAUGAUGAAUUAUCCGACGGUUAUGAUUUUGUAAGAUCAAGAUUAGCCAUGGGUCCAAUGGGGUUGAUUUACGGUUCAAAAAAUGGAACACUAUGGUGGUUAGAUUUUGGCUAUAGAGUAUAAAAUAAAUAAUGAGACAAUACAUUUUUUUUUUUUUUUUUUUUUUUUUUUGUAAAUAGAUGUGAAAAGAUACAGUAGUGUUUAUAAUAAGUUGAGUGAGAACGUCAUGAUGAGUGGGUGAAUACAAGGUUUCAUUUUGCUUUUUUGGAAUACAAGAUAUAUAUACACAACUAAUUGGUUGACAUCGAUAGCCUAAGAAGCGAAUAGUUGUCAAUAGAUUGUUUAAAAAUGAUAAAAAUCGAUUGGGAGAGGGAGAGAAGCCUUUUUUUUUUCCUAUUCUUCUUUUUUUUUUAAACGUAUAUAAAACUUGAUUUCCGCCUGAUGUGUAUUUUAU